GUUGCUCUGAUCACAUUGCUGGCUAUAAUCCUAGCCGUCAUAUUUGCCAGGAAACAGCACUCUACUGUAAACGGAGUAAAGCCAUGGAUCGAAGAUGAAUGUGAGGAGAUCCAGACACCCCAGUGCCCUGAAAGGCUGUUAGAUGCUGUUCAUGAAGACAUGAGACUGGUUAAAAGAAUCUGCACAAUCCAUACUUCCAUAACCAUCCUCAAACCACAGAAGGUCACAGACCCACAGAUUGCUGACUGCAACCAUGGCUCUAGAUUUUUUGUGGGCAUGUUGGAGCUGCUGGUUGUAAGAGUCUGGACAUCAGUCUGAGGCUGAACCACAGGAUCAAUCAACAAAGAUAUUUUCAUCUCAGUGAAAGGGGCACUAAGCCUGACCCCCUGCAGAUAACAAGCCUUUCUCAUGCCUGGUUGUUCACCAUCAGAGAGAGGUGGUCACCUCCCACAUCUCCAUCUCCAGUCCUGGUGCAGUGAGUGUCAUGGAGUGAAUUGACCGACAGUGUGAAGUCAGAAUUGAUAGAAUUGGAGCCUGAAGUCUCAGUUUCUCCAAAGCUCCACUGCUCCUGAUCUCACUGGAUGGUUUCAGAGCAGGUUACCUGGACCUUUAUGGAGACCGGCUUCCAGCCAUCAAGAAGCUACGAGAAUGUGGAACUUCUACACCACACAUGCGUCCUGUUUAUCCGACCAAGACCUUUCCCAAUCACUACACCAUCGUAACGGGUCUGUAUCCAGAGUCACAUGGGAUCGUGGACAAUAAGAUGUAUGAUGUCCAUCUCAACGCCCACUUCAGCUUAAAAACAGAAGAGAAGUUUAACCCUGCAUGGUACCAGGGAGAACCGGUCUGGAUCACUGCCAUGAAGAACAACCUGAAAUCUGGAACCUUCUUCUGGCCUGGAUCGGAUGUUCUUAUUAAAGGACGAUAUCCAAAUUUAUAUAAGGUUUUUGAUAAGGGUAUUCCAUUUGACGAGAGAGUGACAACCGUUUUACAGUGGUUGAAUUUGUCACAAAGUGAAAGGCCAGAUUUUUACACUUUAUAUUUGGAGGAGCCUGAUAGAUCUGGACACAUGUAUGGACCAAAUAGCAACGCGGUCUUUCAGGCUCUAGUGACUGUUGACCGGAUUAUUGGAAUGCUAAUGGACGGUCUCAAGCAGCAAAAUCUCCAUAAAUGUGUCAAUCUGGUUCUUCUGUCAGAUCAUGGAAUGGAGGAAGCUUCGUGUGGUAAAGCCGCUUAUGUUUCAUCAUACCAGAAAGACACAGAUGAUUUCAUCGUCAUCCAGGGACCUGCUGCUCGAGUCCGGCCCAAACAUCUCCCAGAAGACUUUUUCACAUUUAACUAUGAAGAGCUAAUGAAGAAUCUGUCGUGCAGAGCUCGCGAUCAGCCGAUGAGGCCAUAUCUAACAGAGCAUCUUCCCAAACGCUUCCAUUUUGCUAACAACGUCCGUAUAGAAAGAGGUCAUCUCUACAUGAGAGCCGGGUGGCAGGCGGCCCUCAACCCAUAUGAAGUGAAGUACUGCACUGGUGGCUUCCACGGCUCAGAUAACACCUUCACAAAUAUGCAGGCCAUUUUCAUAGGAUAUGGACCAGGAAUGAAGUACAGGACGACUGUAGCUCCCUUCGAAAAUAUAGAAGUGUAUAACCUCCUGUGUGAUUUGUUGGAAAUUCCUCCUGCUCCAAACAAUGGCACACAUGGGAGUCUCAACCAUCUACUGAAGAACCCCCCUUAUCGUCCAGUCCACCCUCCUGAGAUCUCUUCAGCCUCCGUCUGUUCCUCCUCUGUUCUGUCUGUGAAGGAUGACCGUGGCUGCUCCUGUAAGCUCUACAACAAAUCCCAGGUGGAAAACCUCAACCGCCGUCUGAUCAGUGCAAAGCCGACAGACAAACAUCUUCAUCUGCCAUAUGGAGCUCCACGAGUUCUCCAGGAGAGAGCAGACUACUGCAUUCUUCAGCAUGUUUCCUACAUCACUGGAUACAGUAAAGACAUCCUUAUGCCUCUCUGGGUUGCGUAUAGUCUCCAACCGCUGUCUGCUGUUCAGUCUCUCAGUCCCUCAGAGGAGGAGUGUGUUCGUGUAGAUGUUCGUGUUCCAGCUGAAGAGAGUCAGUCCUGCAGUUUCUAUAAGGAGAACCUCACACUGACGUACGGCUUUCUUCAUCCUCCCAAUUUGGCUUCAGAUGGAAACGAGUCCGACUCUCUGAUCACAAGUAACAUAGCACCAAUGUUCACAGUCUUUAAAGGUAUCUGGGAUUAUUUCCACAAUGUUCUUGUUGUAAAAUAUUCCAGAACUCUGCGGUGUCUGACCGUCAUGAGUGGACCGAUAUUCGAUAAAAACACUGAUGGAAGAUUCGACAUCAUGAAACGGAGAGACACCUUGACCCCUCCGUUGCCCACUCAUUACUUCGUGAUUCUGACCAGCUCUAAGAACUCGUCCUCAGCUCUGCGGGACUGUGAGGGUCAGAUAGAGACCAUGUCCUUCAUCCUACCUCAUCGUCCUGAUAACACGGAGACCUGUCAUGAUGCGGGUGAUUACUCCUGGGUUGAAGACUGGACUCAGCUUCAUGUGGCUCGCGUGCGAGAUGUGGAGCUUCUAACAGGACUGAGUUUCUAUCCUGACCUUCGACCUGAGGACGUGUCACAACUUCAGACCUUUUUAAAAACGUUUUAGUGUUUAACAUGUUGUGAUGGAGUGUGUGUGUGUGUGUGUGUGUAGUUUCUGUCUGAAGGAGCAGCUACUGUAUAAAGACCUGCUUUAAACCAAGACAUUCAGCCUCGAGGUGUUAUAACUAUUAUAUAAAGCAUUUAUAGCACAAACACCUAUUUGAUAAAAAACAUUGUUUAUAACUGUUUGAAUGAAUUCAAGAAACAAGUGCCUUCAUACUUUUAUAAUGACUGUUCCAUGUUAAGAGAAAUCAUAUUCACGUGUAGAGAAAUUAGCUUUAUUAUGUAUUCGUGUCCUUAAUUUAUAAAAUGUUGUUGAUCUCAAUAAAAUGUAGAGUUAAAACUUC